AUGACAACAAUAAAACAAAUAGCACAUCUGGGCUUCGAUCUGGCGCUGAUUUCUAUGAUACUAGCGGGCUUGCGUCGAAAUACGGGACUCGUACUGGCAUAUGAACAAUCAGAUCUGAAAAAUUACUUCAGACGAUAUUUAGACUGGGGCGAUGCUCUGUACAGUAGAUUAGUUCAAGUUGCAGAACGCAGCAAGUAUUUCAGGAAAGAAACACCCCUGGACGGGUUUCUGGAUGGUGUUUUCAAACGAGUCGAGGAAAUUGGCCGGGGUCCAGCCAGGUCGGUUCAUCAGCAUCAGGCCGAUUAUCAACAGAAUCGCUAA